UUCUCCCGUGAUGCUUAGCGAAAGGCAUUCAACGCUAGGCAGGAGAAAAGCCUUUCUCAAAAAUCUUUUUAACGAUACACGAAUUUAACUGUAUUUUUUAAAUAAAAACUGACAUCAGGAAGGAAAAGGCCUAUUUGGGCGUGGGGUCGGCGGACGUUUUCCUAAACGGGACGACACUAUGGAUCAGGACUACGAGUCCAGGCUGCUAAGACAAAUCAACAUCCACAAUGCCAACGCUAGCCCAGUGAAAGCUUAUGGAGGGCUGCGAGCUCUGUCACCAGCCGGCUCCCCACUGUCCUCCCCGAGCAAACACGGCGAUCGCUUCAUUCCUUCGCGGGCCGGAGCCAACUGGAGCGUCAACUUCCACCGCAUUAAUGAAAUUGAGAAGUCACACAAUCAAAACAGGAAAACGAAAGAUGGCACCGCAGACAGCAACAAAGCCGACGGUCUCGCUUACUCUGCACUGCUGAAAAACGAGCUUCUAGGAGCCGGCAUAGACAAAGUCCAGGACCCCCAGUCUGAGGAUCGCCGUCUGCAGCCAUCCACUCCCAUCCGGAGAAGCCUUUUUAACUAUUCGUUAAGUACUAAAAGGUCUCUUGAAGAAGAUGGGAACGCAGUUUCUCCGUAUUCUUUAUCGCCUGUCAGCAGCAACAGCCAAAAACUGCUGCGCUCGCCACGGAAACCCAUGCGCAAGAUUUCCAAAAUACCGUUUAAAGUUCUGGACGCUCCAGAGCUCCAAGAUGACUUCUACCUCAACUUAGUGGACUGGUCCUCUCUCAACGUCCUCAGCGUGGGACUGGGCACUUGUGUGUACCUGUGGAGCGCCUGCACUAGUCAGGUGACGCGUCUAUGUGACCUUUCAGUCGAAGGAGAUUCUGUAACGUCGGUGGGCUGGUCAGAGAGGGGCAACCUGGUUGCCGUGGGAACUCAUAAAGGAUACGUGCAGAUAUGGGAUGCCGCUGCAGGGAAGAAGCUGUCUGCUCUUGAGGGACACACGGCUAGAGUGGGUGCCUUGGCAUGGAACGCAGACCAGCUCUCGUCCGGCAGCCGUGACCGGGUCAUUCUGCAGCGGGACAUCAGAGCCCCGCCUCUGCAGUCUGAACGCCGGCUCCAAGGACACCGGCAGGAAGUGUGCGGCCUUAAGUGGAGCACGGAUCAUCAGCUGUUAGCGUCUGGCGGUAACGAUAACAAGUUGCUUGUGUGGAACCACUCCAGCGUCCUCCCGGUGCAGCAGUACACAGAGCACUUGGCUGCAGUGAAGGCCAUCGCGUGGUCCCCACACCAGCACGGCCUCCUGGCCUCCGGGGGCGGCACGGCGGACCGCUGCAUCCGCUUCUGGAACACUCUGACGGGCCAGCCCUUGCAGUGUACCGAUACCGGCUCCCAAGUGUGCAACCUGGCCUGGUCCAAGCACACUAAUGAACUGGUCAGCACACACGGUUAUUCCCAGAACCAAAUCCUGGUGUGGAAGUAUCCAUCGCUUACUCAGGUGGCCAAACUUACCGGACACUCCUAUAGAGUUCUCUACCUGGCGAUGUCCCCUGAUGGAGAGGCCAUUGUGACGGGAGCAGGAGAUGAAACGCUCCGCUUCUGGAACGUCUUUAGCAAGAUGAGAUCCACAAAGGAGUCUGUGUCAGUACUCAACCUUUUCACCAGGAUCCGAUAGUGAGCACUCUCUCCUCUUCUGUACAGUGGGGAAUGUAAAAAAAAAAAAAGAAAACGUUUUUAAAAAUGGGAAUUUUCCUUGGCAUGCAUCAAGUCCAGGCUUUAAAUAUUCAUCCAUCCUCCCCAGUCCUCAGCUCAUUAUGACAAAAGCUCACUCAGAAUUCAACCCACUACAAUAUCAUCUUUACAAGUUGUGCAUACCUGCCAAAUGUUGAGUUUGUCUCGUUUUAAAUUGUUUUAUUUAUUCUGUUUUGUUUUUUUAAAUAUCUUUCAUCGUUGUUUUUUGUUUGUUUGUCAUGAUAUAAUUCUUUAUUUGUGUAAUUGCAAUUUAUUUGGGUUGAAAUCUGUGGAGUUUGGCAUUGGAAGUGCUUUCAGGGGAUUGCAGAACGAUAAUGUAAAACAUUAAUAGUGGCUUCACUUCAUAUUUUUGUUUUGUUUUGAUGUAUUACGAAGCAAUGAGAGUAUUUUUAAUGGAAACUAAAUCGGUUUCAUUUGAGUAGAAAGCACAAACACGGCCCUUUUAAGCCUUGCUCGUGCAGAACACUCAACAACAGGAACAUUAAAACAUUGCCCGUCAUUAUUAACAGCAAUUAAAGCCUUAAAAUAAACACAAUUAUCUGCGCUUGUGUGCUGUUAUCUGCUAACAGCAUUUUUUUUUUUACUCCUUUUGCCUGAUGUAUGCAGGAAUACAUUUCUUCCACCUUCCA